CCAAAGUUGUUUCUAGAAAGUCUCUUAUCAACAACAAGUGACCAAAAUCACCAUAGUACUUACUACUACUACUACUACAAAGCUUAUUACUUUUAUUAGAUUUACAAAACCAAAAUGAUGAUUAUAAAUCCCUAGAAAUAGAAAUGAGAAUGAUGAAUGACAGCUGUUGACUUGGUCUGUUUAUUAAAACAUUAUAUAACCACAUAAAGAAAUUAUUAAAGUCAUCAUAAAUACAAGAAAGUCAAAAGGGUAGGAGAAUGCUGAAGCCUAGGCCUUAAAAAAAGCCCUUGCCUUUUUGCAGCAAUUCUCAAGAAUCCAAAGAGCAAAAAUCAAAGUACCUCAACGCUCAACUCUCUUUCUUUUUUCCCCUUUUUCAAGGGACGGUUACAAAGUCCACAAGAAAACCUAAAACCCUUCUUCACACUCGAUACACACACAUCUAAUUUUAGUAUCUGUGUGUUCAUAUUUCCUAUUUAAUCAUCCCCAAUUUCAUUUCGUGUUGUGCUUUGCUUUCUUCUGAAUUUGGAAGAUUUGCGAUCGGUAAGUUCAAAUUCAGAAUUACCCAUUCGCUGAUUUUUCAAGAAAUGAUAUCGAAAUUGAAGGGGUUUUUUGUUAAGAAAAGUGGUUGAUGUCAAGUUGUAGAUUCAGGUGUUGAAGGUGGCUGAAUUACUCCAUGGGUAAUUUAUGCUGCAAUUCCGUUUCAAAGUUUGCAGGCGGCCAAUCAUCACAUGGCACGGGUAAGGGGCGGGGCCACCAAGGAUCCAUCAAAUAUGGAUUCAACUUAGCUAAAGGGAAAGCUAAUCAUCCAAUGGAAGAUUACCAUGUGGCAAAAUUUAUUCCUCAUCAAGGACAUGAAAUUGGACUAUUUGCUAUAUACGAUGGACAUUUGGGAGAUAGUGUGCCUGUGUAUCUUCAAAAGCAUUUAUUCUCCAAUAUCCUAAAGGAGGGUGAAUUUUGGACAGAUCCUAGUAGGGCAAUUUUGAAAGCGUAUGAAAGAACAGACGAAUUGAUUCUUUCUCAUAGUCCUGAUUUGGGAAGAGGCGGAUCGACUGCAGUCACUGCACUUUUAAUUGAUGGUAGAAAAUUAUGGGUGGCAAAUGUUGGAGAUUCUCGGGCAGUUCUUUCAAAAAAAGGGCAGGCCAUUCAAAUGAGUGUUGAUCAUGAACCCAAUACUGAAAGGGGCAGCAUUGAAAACCGUGGAGGUUUUGUCUCCAACAUGCCAGGAGAUGUAGCAAGAGUAAAUGGACAACUAGCAGUUUCACGUGCUUUUGGGGACAAAAAUCUCAAGAAUCAUUUACGUUCAGAUCCUGAUGUAACAAAUGCUGAUAUUGAUGCAACUACAGAGAUUCUCAUUCUUGCUAGUGAUGGAUUAUGGAAGGUUAUGACAAAUCAAGAGGCAAUUGACAUAGCAAUGAAGAUCAAAGAUCCACAGAAGGCAUCAAAGGCACUAGUAGCAGAAGCCUUGAAUAGAGAAAGCAAAGAUGAUAUUUCAUGCAUUGUGGUUCGUUUUAGCUGAAGAAAAGUAUAGCUUCAAGGGGUGGUACUAUGUGCAGUAUAAGGUGUACAUUUGGAGGGGUUUAAGUUUGUGAGUUGCAACUCAAAUAGAGUGAAAAAAGUUCCGAAAUUUGGGCAUAAAAAAAAGGUAGGUAAGUUAUAUAUAUAUAUAUAAUUAUAAAAUAUAUGACUCAUCCCUGG